CCCGGCGCCCGGCCCCCGCGAGCGGCCGCCGAGCGCCGAGUGAAGGCGGAGCGGCCCGGUGUGGUGCGCGAGCUCUGCGCGCGGCCCGGACAGGUCAUCGCGCCCGGAGGCAUUUUGGUGAGACUGGAAGGAUGUAGCCAUCCUGUUGUUAUGAAAGGUUUAUGCGCAGAAUGUGGCCAGGACUUGACUCAGCUACAAAGCAAGAAUGGAAAACAGAAUGUGCCAUUAUCCACAGCAACUGUAUCUAUGGUUCAUAGUGUUCCAGAACUGAUGGUUAGCUCUGAGCAAGCUGAACAACUAGGACGGGAAGACCAGCAGCGACUACACCGAAAUCGAAAGCUGGUGCUGAUGGUAGAUUUGGACCAGACAUUGAUCCAUACUACAGAACAGCACUGCCAACAGAUGUCUAAUAAAGGAAUAUUCCAUUUCCAGUUAGGUCGAGGUGAACCUAUGCUGCAUACUCGUUUGCGUCCUCAUUGCAAGGAAUUCUUAGAAAAGAUUGCCAAGCUGUAUGAAUUACAUGUUUUUACCUUCGGUAGCAGACUUUAUGCACAUACAAUUGCAGGAUUUUUGGACCCUGAAAAGAAACUGUUUUCUCAUCGGAUAUUGUCAAGAGAUGAAUGUAUUGAUCCAUUUUCUAAAACAGGGAAUCUUAGAAAUCUCUUCCCAUGUGGUGACUCCAUGGUUUGCAUUAUUGAUGACCGAGAAGAUGUUUGGAAGUUUGCACCCAAUUUGAUAACUGUAAAGAAAUAUGUAUACUUUCAGGGUAUAGGCGAUAUUAAUGCACCACCUGGAUCAAGGGAAGCUCAGAUGAAAAAGAAGGUAAAUCAUUCUUCAAAAACAACUGAAGCAUCUGAUCCCGCAGUGAUAACAGCAAAAGAUUCAGAAGAAGCAAAGAAUGUUACAUGUAUAGAAGAACAAAGUAAUGGUCUUGGGAAAUCUACAAAAGAGAUGUGUACUACAAAUGGUAGUAACUUUAUGAGCAGCGAAACUUCUAACUUGGAGUUGAAUUCCAAUGAUAGAUUAAAUGUUAGAGACUCCUUAAGUGGUACCAUUGAUAAUAAAACAAAUGCUGCCAUCAUUAAUGAUUCAACUAGUGUUAAGGAGUCUCAGAUUUCUUCAGAACAAGAUGAUAGGACAGUUUCAGAGAAGCAGCAGACCCAAGACAAGGGAACAAAUAACUUGGACUUUGAACUCUCUAGUGACAGUGAAAGUGACAGUGGAUUAGAUGCUAGGAAGUCGUCGUCGUCUUCUGCCUCAGAUAGUGAAAAUGAGGGAAAGAGAAGCUGGAAAAAAUCAGAGCAACCUGUACCAGAUGAAAAUUUGCAGCAAGAAUGUUGCACUGACAUGAGUGGGGGAAAGGAUGGUCAAGUGAACCAUUCUGAGGAGGCGACAGCUCCACCUAGUGUGUGUCCUCAUGGCAAGACAGUUGAUCUUGAAAUGCAAGAAGAAAGCGAACAGGACAGCCUUUGUGAUCUGGGAAAUGGGUGUGCAGACAAGAAAGAAGCCGAGACGGAGUCCCAGAAUAGUGAACAGUCUGGGAUUACAAUGGGUGAGUCUUUAGAUCAGAGCAUGGAAGAAGAGGAAGAGGAAGAAGAUACAGAUGAAGAUGACCAUUUAAUAUACCUUGAAGAGAUCCUUGUUCGGGUGCACACUGAUUAUUAUACCAAGUAUGAUAAAUACCUGAAACAGGAGAUCAGUGAAAUUCCAGACAUAAGAAAAAUAGUACCAGAAUUGAAAAGCAAGGUAUUGGCAGAUGUUACCAUAAUAUUUAGUGGACUCUAUCCAACAAAUUUCCCCAUAGAAAGAACCCGAGAGCAUUAUCAUGCUACAGCACUUGGAGCUAAAAUUAUAAAGAACCUAGUACUGAAUGCUGAUGAUCCCAACAAGGCAACCCAUCUGAUUGCAGCAAGGGGAGGCACAGAGAAAGUACGGCAAGCUCUGGACUGUAAACACCUCCAUGUUGUAAACCCUGACUGGCUGUGGAGCUGCUUGGAGCGUUGGGACAAGGUAGAGGAGCAGCUUUUUCCCUUAAAGGAUGACUACAUCAAAACACAAAGAGAGAACAGUCCUGCCAUGUUUCCUGAUACACACAGCACGUUCCAGACUGCUCUGUUUCACCCGACGCCCAUCCAUCCAAAGUUUCAGCCGGGUCCUGAAGUUCGGCUUUAUGAUUCCAACACUGGAAAGCUUAUCAGGAAGGGCUCUCAGUCUUCUGUCCAGUCUCUGUAUAUCCAGUCUCCAGCUCCUCCCCUCACUUUACCGGUCCACGGGGAGCACUCAUCCUUCAGAGUUGUUCAACCACAUCAGCAGCAGCUGUUUGAUGAAGAGGAGUUACCAGCAAAUGAGAAUGAAGAUCAACCUGGUCCAUCCAAACGGAAACGCCAGCCAAGUAUGUCCGAGACAAUGCCACUGUACACACUCUGUAAAGAGGAUUUAGAGAGUAUGGAUAAAGAGGUUGAUGACAUCUUAGGAGAAGGCAGUGAUGAUAGUGACAGUGAGAAAAAGAAGACGGAAGAGGAGGGAGAGAAACCACAGAGUAGUGCAACAGAAUCGCUAGGAAUGAAAAUAGAAGAGAGGCCUGGAUCAUCAUCCUCAUCAAGUGAAAGGAGCUUAACAGGCAGUGUACCCAGAGUCUCUUCUAAAAACAAAGAGUUGGAGUCUUCUACAGAAAAUGUUCAUAAGAAAUAAACACAAGUUCCUCCCCAGCCAUCGUGACCGAAGUUCCCUCUAAGCUGGGCGGCUGCCCUCCCCUCACUGCCAUGACGCUCCUGCCCUCUGCUUUGGAGCUGCUCCCAAGAGCCUCCUGCUUGCUGUGCAGAGGAGGGAGGUGAUGCUGAUAUCAGGGUGUCCCCAUCCCCCUGCCUCUGUACCCCAUCUUGACCACAGGGCUCAGGACGGAGGGAGCUUGCUGGUAGCUGCUGCUGUCUGAACGAGCUUAUCUACUUAAAAGGGCAGCGUACUUUAAAGGGGCAAGCAUGUCUGUCUGUGUGUGUGUGUCUGUCUCUCUCUCUCACCACAUACUGGUGGUGGUGGUGGUGGUGGUGUUGUUGUUACUUCUUGAUACUACUUUCAAAGUGUGUUUUAGUUUUUUGACUGGUCUGUUCGUUUCAUAAUUUUUUUCUUACACUUAAAUUUAAUUUUUUGAGUAAUGAGCUCUAAAAUGCCUAACCUGUCCUGGCUGGAGUAAUUAUCCCUAUGGUAACUUCUUAAUAAAAUAUAUAUAGCAUAUCUAGGGUUUUUAUUUCUGCCGGUGGUGUACAUCCAUAUAUUACCACGAGAUGGUGCACAUAACAAAAUUCAUUCCACACAUGAAUGGAAAAAAUUAGAGGGAACAUUGAAAGUAUAACUACCAACCAAUUUUAUAUUAAAACCAGAGUUGGCAUGAAAUCAUAAACACAAUAAAGGAAUGCUAACAAGGUUGAAUAGCCCUACAUUUAAAGCCCACUCAAACUUAAUUUUUCCAAGUCUGCAGCUAUAUAGAAACAAAUAAAGUAUUACCUUCAAGAUGAGACCCUUUUAUUGUCUUAAAUUUCCAACCGGUAGGUUCAGUAUCCAUCUACCACCAAUUGGUAAAGAAUCAAAUGUGUUGUAAGGAUGCUCAUUCUGCCUUCCCUCUGCUUUCCUUUGGGGCUCCAUUUUGAUUAUUACAUUUAUAAGAACUUAGAUUUCUUAAAUCUCAGCUCAAUAACUUAAGUCUGCAGCUGUCUUAUUAGAGGCAAAUACAUUUCUCUGUAAUGGAAGAGAAAUGUAAAUUUUAAAGCCAUCAACUUUUGAUUGUCUAAAUCACCUGUUAAUUUUUUUAUCAUAACUCAGAAAUCUUUCUAUGCAGAGUGAGUUUGCUGUAAUUGACUGAAGCAUCUCAGUCUGGGGGUUAAAUGGUAGCUGUGAGCUUCUGUAAAUUGUGUCCUACAGUCAUAAGUGAAUCACUGGUAUUUUAGUAGCACAAGACUGUAUAUCAGGAAACCACCAUAUGGUAUGACAUGAUUGAUGCUUGUGGGGAGGGCCACAGCUGGGACAGCCAGGUUGCUGUGGGUUAAUCACUGUUGAGGAGCUAUAUAGAAAACCUAUAUAGGAUUUGCUAUCCUGGUUCUUAGGUUCUUGCACUUAAUCUUGUAUAUAUGAUCACUUAAAUUCAUCAAGUAAGUUGGUGUGACCAGGUACCUGGAAGGGCUACACUGAAAAUGCUUACUUGGGCAAACUGCAAGGAAUAGGGCAGACAAUCCCUAAAAUUGGUGGUUUAUUCUAUAAUUAGAUUCACCAAGCCAGUAACAAAACAGCUUCUGUAAUACCACACUGGUUACCAAGAAACAAAAAUACAGUCCCUUUUAAGCAUCCCAGUCCUUGAUCCCACCUAGACAGCCAAGUCUAAUAUGGUGAGUAGUUACUGAAAAGCAGAUUCACCUUAUGUUACGUCCACCAGUCCCAAAGGACCAGACACUGAUCUUCAGGUCAGUAUGAAUCUCAGAUCUUACCCAAUAAUGACACUGAUACCUGUGCUUUAGUAACUAAAACUAAAGGUUUUAAUAAUAAAAAAAGAAAGAAGAGAGUUGCUGUGGUUAAAAAGAUAAGAUACGUACAGAUCUGUGUAAAGGCCUUAGGUCAGUCUCAUAGCAGAGUUGGUGAGGCUGCUGACUUGUAAAAGUCUUUCUGGAAUCAUUGUAAAAGGUUAUAGUCCAAUAGGCAGUCUAGGUUUAGAGUUUGUUCAAAUUCUUCCAUGAGAAUUCCAGGGUAAAUUCAGAGUAAACCUGGAGAGCUCAGUCUUGUGGCUUAGACCUUCCCAAAGUUUAAAAAGACCUGAGAUAAAAAGGAUCAGCCCUAGGGCUGCUUCGUUAUAGUCUUCUAGCAAGCUGAUAAGCCUCUUGACAGCAGACCAGCCCUUCCUCAGAUGAAGAACAGGGAGUAUAUAUUGUUGCUUUGAAGUUAAUCUUCUAUUUUCUAUACAGUCACAGGUAACUAGCUGCAUUUAUUCGUAUAAGCAAUUAGCCAUUCAAACUACUAAGGUAUUUCAUUAUAGCACAGAUAAGCUGAAGACAAUGUAAAUAAUAUUAUUAGUUCCUACAGUAUCUUACAUCUUUGAUCUUAUAACUGACCCAUCUGCAUGCAUAAUAUAAUUCCAUUAAGACAUGAAAUAGAAUUAGCAUCUACAAGCGACUUGUAACAUGAUAUAGGUAAACACAAAUACACUUAGCAUCCACCCUUUGAUUCUCUAACAAUACAGGCAGACAUGUUAAAGAUUCUAAUCUACUUAACAUGGCUUUGAUAACUAUCUAGAAGGAAUGGCCCUGUUUACCAUGAUAAUACCCUUUUGAUACAUCCUUAAGGGUUGCUUCUAGGUCUCACAGCUUGCUAAUUGUUUAACCUGUGCUGGCUCAGCAUUACAGCUCGGAAAAGGAAAAUAGUGUUAGGCAAAAUGGGUCUAAAAUGAGGGAUUUAAAAAGUUAACGGGUAGGCAUUAGGCUCACUGUUAACCGACCUCAACCGUUAACCCCCUGCACAGCAGACCUGGCUGCACCGGGUCGGCCAGAGCAGCCCUGAGGCCGGGUCAUGGCAGACCAGCCAGUGUGACCUCUGUUAAACGAUAUAAUUUUAAUCAUUUAACCGGUUAACUUUUAAAACAAUAUUUACAGCCCUAUCUGAAACAGUUAAAAUUAGUCAUUGUACUUUGACAACUAAUGAUAGGAUUUUCAAAAGUGUUCCUCAUAGGCUGUGUUCUCAUCAAAGUCUAUGUUAAAACUCCACUUUGACUUUAGUGGGAGCAGACAGGUAGGUCAGUGCUGAGCAUUUUUGAAAAUCCCACCUUGAGUCACUUGAAAAGUUAAAUGGCAUGUUUCAUUCAUUUGUCCUAACAAUAUUCAGUGUUUCACCAGAGAUCACAGGUUCUGAAAAAGAGUGGUAAAAUAACCAGAGUUGUAGAGAAACGGAGUUAUUUUAAGUGAUUCUUUGUGUUUCUUGCAUAAAGAGGUGAACAAGUACAUUUGUAAUUGGCUUGGAUUUUCUGCAGUAAAGGAUUAUAGAUAAACCUGACCACUAUUGUUUUUCUUGCUUAGGUUCUCCCUUCACUGCAGAAGCAGAUAUGACCUAGAAACUAGAAUAGAUGUAGGGUUGUCUGAACGUUUUUGUAAGAGCUGUGAAGUAACUUCUCUCCCCACAAGAGAAAAUGGCUAACUCAAACAUUGUGAAACAUUCAUGGUCAAAGGCUAAUAAAUAGGCUACUGGAAAAUAUAUCAUGAUGCACUGAUUCUGUUGCCGAACUAAUUUUUACUAGUCCAGGUGUUCUUCAAGAGGACAUUUAAUUUGAUAGACUUCCAUCUGUAAAUCUUAAUCAUAGAUGAAGGAAGUAGUUAACUGUCUUAGUUACUGCAGACCAAUUGCAACAGUAGAGGGAGGGCUUUACCACUGAUCACUGAAGCGCUGCCUUGACACAUGCAAGUCCCACAAAGAUAGAUUAUGGCAUAGACAAACUUAGUACCACUAAUUAACAAAAUUCAAGAUCAUGUAUAAAAUUUUUCCAAUUAGCAAGAAUGACUCAGCCUGGGACUAGCAAUUUUUUGUUUUAAAUUAACUUCCUGAAUAUAUUAGUUUUUAAUCAAUUAUGAUAAUAAAAUAGAUGUUGUUGUGUUCCACUGUAAAUAUUUUUUAGUAAAUCAGCUGUCAUAAUUUCCUGUUAUAGCUAAAAAACAGUAAAAUGACUGCUUAAUGCAGAUAUCUGCAUUAUCUAUAGCAAUAUGGUUGAAGUUUAAAUUAGUUUAUGGCAUAAAUAACUGAUUUAAUGUCAAAAUAUUUCAGUAAUUUAUAGCUGUAAUUGUUUGACAGGACCAAACAGAAAUUUCCUAAUGGAUAUAAACCAAUGCAUUGAUAUUCUUUUUUUCAGCCAGCAGGUAAUGUAAUAAAUGUCUAUAACUUGUUCUCCAAGUUCAUUCAUCUGUGGGCUACAUCAGCAACUUGCCAGAUGCCUGAAGAUUAUAUUUACAUUAAGUAUUGUGGAGUUGAUUAGUUUUGUCCUCUUCUUUAAUGUGGAAGGAAUCUGUGGAGUCUGCAGAUCUGGUUACUUAUGGAAUAUUGUUGCAUACUGGGACCUAUAGUCUCUGCAGGUUGCAAUGCUUUAAAAUGAGGAUGGUCACAAAAUAUUAUAUAGAGCUCUGAACCGUUGACCAUAAAAACCUGAAAGAUGAGCUUUAGAAAUGUUAGCUUAAAAUGGACAUCAGUCCGCCUUAGGGGAGAGAUUGUCACUGGACUUCACACCAAAACUAACUUAUCUUGUGUCAUGAUACCAUGGGUGCUGAAAUCGCAGUAUUGCACAUGGGCGUGUGUAGUAUUUGGGGCACACAUAAACCGUAGCAUUAGUAGCUAUACCAUCAUUAUGGUCUAGCGUAUAAUGCACAUGAAAUAAAAUGAUGUACAUACUUUCCAAGAAUAUAUGGAGAAAUAGCAUAUGGUAUACUUUCAACAGAUAACAAUGCUUCAGUUACUGGCACUGUGACCCAACAUAAUAGUUACUGUGCAUUACAAAGCAUGCACUCUUGUGUAACAGUUCGAUGCUUCGAGUGUUGAAAUCUGUAGAAUGCCAUGGUGAAAUGUUGACCUAAGUUGUCAGACUGGGUAUUGGUUUUUCUAGCUAAAGAAUCUAAUAGUUAUAAAGAACAAUGACAUAUACACCUCUUUAAAUGUUUGCUUUUAAACAUAAUUGUUUGGUUUAUUAUAUUGUGCUGAAAUGCGAACAUUAAUUGAAAAAUUCAGGACAUCCUCUGGUAGCUUCCCUAGAACAUUUCUAAAAUUCUAAUACGUGGUGGCAUAUCUCUGUGAAAAAUAAUGGCUUUCAGAAACGGUAAUGACUGUCACAUUUCAGAAUAGAAAAGGAGCACCGUUUUCAUAUUCUGUUCUAUUAUGGCUUGCUGAUGGUACAUUGGUGCAGCCAGUGCUACAUUCUACAGAAUCCUUUAAAAAUCAUAGCCCCUUCUGCAACUUGAUAAAAUGCAGGCCUUUUUCUCCCAGCUUUUUUAUACUUGAAAGUACAAUCACCUGCUUGCAUACGCUGAAACGUGACUAUAUUCCAUGGUAUAUAAAAGAUAAAAUAUAAAUCAAUCAUUGAAAAGACUUGUUCAUUAUAAUAUCGUUCUGCAUUUGUUCCAUGAUAUGAUGUUAUGACUUACAUGAGAAAUUAAAAAUAAGUUGAAACAGCAAAUGUGUAUCAUCCUUAAAAUCUAAACUGAACUGAAUUUUGUACGUAAAUGUUUGUUGCACUCUGUAGCUUCCAUUCUUCUUUCUAAUUUUUAAAAGAGAAGUUGGAGACAGAUCUGAUCGAGCACCUCUUUUAAGUAGAUGGGAGUUUCGUGAUUUACUUUGGUGGAAGCUGCACUGUGCCCCAGAUGUGUCCAGUAACUGUUUCUACUGACUGAGAGAUAACGAAAGUGUACUUGUUAAUGUAAUAAAAACAUGCCAUGCAUUAA